UGAAACUGGGAAUAAAUAGAAUGUCUGUCCAACUUUCUUCAGCAUCUAAAGCUCAAAGCCCAAAUGCCACUGCUGAUGUUAAGCGACGUUCAUCUAACCUUGCGCCUAGCAUUUGGGGCGACUAUUUUCUAUCAUAUGCUUCCAUGGAAGUGGAUAUUUCUCUUGAGCAACAGGUUCAACAACUGAAGGAAGAAGUGAAAAGGAUGCUUAUGCAUAAUGUUAAAGACGAUUCACAAAAACUAAGCUUGAUUGAUGACAUUCAACUCUUGGGCGUGUCCUACCAUUUCAACAAUGAGAUUUGUGAAAUUUUGCAACAAAUAUUUGACAAUGACCAUGUUUCAUAUGAUGAUCUUCAUCAAAAUAAUUCUGACCUUUAUGCAGUUGCUCUUCGUUUCCGAUUGCUUCGGCAACAAGGAUACAAUGCUUCAUGUGAAAUGUACUUCAGCAACUUGAAAGACAAUGAUGGGAAAUUCAAGGAAUCACUUGCCUGUGAUACAAAAGGACUACUAGGCUUGUAUGAAGCCACGCAUCUUCGGACACACGGUGAUGACAUACUUGACGAGGCACUAGCCUUCACCACAACUCAUCUUGAGGCUGCAACACGCCGUGGUUUAAGCUCCCCACUUUUGAAACAAGUAACUCACGCCUUGUAUCAGCCACUUUGGAAGGGCAUGUCAAGGAUAGAAGUGAGGCAUUACUUAUCUACCUACCAAGAAAACGAUUCUCAUGAUGAAACUCUCCUGAAUUUUGCACGGCUGGAUUUCAACCUACUGCAGCAACUCUAUCAAAAAGAACUAUGUGAAAUUACAAGGUGGUGGAAGGAUUUGGACUUCGUGAAGAACUCAUCUUUUGCGAGAGAUAGGUUGGUUGAGAGCUACGUUUGCGCUUUGGGAACCCUCUUUGAGCCAGAAUAUUACUUUGCUAGGAAGACAUUAAGCAAAGUUAUUUACAUGGUAGCCGUGCUUGAUGACAUGUUUGAUGUUUAUGGCACACUUGAAGAGCUAGAGCUCUUUAAUGAAGCUAUUCAGAGGUGGCACAUCUCUGCCAUGGAUCAAUUGCCUGAAGACUAUAUGAAAUUCGUUUAUAAGGCACUGUUGGAUGUCUACACUGAAAUUGAAGAAAAGCUUGCAAGCGAGGGAAACUUGUAUGGCAUUCACCAUGCAAGAGAAUCGAUGAAAAUCCAUGUCGAUGGUUACAUGAAAGAAGCUAGAUGGUUUUACUCGAAAUACACCCCAACUUUUGAUGAAUAUUUGCCGCUAGCAAAUGUUACAUCCUUGUAUUCGCUGUCAAUAGCAUCCGUUGUUGGAAUGGGACGUGCUGCUACAAAAGACUCCUUGGAUUGGUUAUUCACUGAUCCUGGGAUCGUAAACGCUGCAUCAUUAAUUGGCAGACUCUUAAACGACAUUAUGUCGCAUCAGUUCGAACAACAGAGAGGGCAUUCUGCUUCAGCUGUGGAAUUAUAUAUGAAAGAACAUGGUGCUACAGAAGAAGAAGCCAUAGCAGAACUAACUAAUCAAGUGAAUGAUGCAUGGAAGGUCAUAAACAAAGCUUGCCUCCACCCUACCCGAAUCCCAUUGCCGGUUCUAAUGCGACCUCUCAACCUUGCACGUUUGAUGGAAGUUCUUUACAAGAAUGUAGAUUCCUUUACGAAGCCUGGAGUUGAGUUCAAUGGUUUUGUGACUUCUCUGCUUAUCGAACCCGUGCCUACUGCCUAAGCUUAACCAUCAUUUGGACUUUGUUAUGUAUCUUGUAAAAUUAUGCACGUCCU